AGAAUCUACAUUAGUUGGUCACUUCAGUAAAAACAACUUGGAAUUCAGCACAACCGAUAGAGCUAGCAUAUUGUUCUGGAAAGUGAAAUAGCUCUAUAGUGUAAGCUUAAGAUUGGAAUAACAUCUUUUUGGGAAACGUUUGCUACUGACAUUCUAAAAAAUAACACAUCGCUUUCUUUCCCAGUGUAAAUUACUAGUACUAUAUAACUAUAGUAUAUGUGAUUUUUUUUCUCACUUCUCUUUCUACACAAGCCAAGAAAAGUGACUCGCCGAGAAGUUUGAUCACGUGACACAACCAGUGCCCACUGAUCUGUGCUCAUUGCCGGUGCCCCGCCCAUCUCGUAUCAAGGCACACCGCACAGAGUAAACGAACUCCUAACCCCGCUGCUGUAUACCACGCAGUCCCCGAGCCAGAGGGAGUAGCAAGUAGUGUAGUGUUAUGUGUUGUGUGCACACACGAACCGUCCGUUGACAUAAGGGUCUUGGCUUCGCGGAGACGGAGGACUUUUACAAUCUCAAGUCGAAAGCUCGAAUCAAGGAUAACUUUUAACGUUGGAGCUAGUAACAUAAAACCUGAAAUAAGGGGAAAUUUUGAGUUUUAAUACCAAACAUCUUAUUUUUACAGAAGCGGUCACUGGAGAACAUCAACCUAAAACAUCAUGUCUGCGAUGAAUUUGAAAUACAAAUUUGGAUUGAUCAACUCAGCCGGUAGAUACCUCACGGCCGAGAAGUUUGGUGGCAAAGUCAACGCCUCGGGGGCAUCACUAAAGUUAAAACAAGUAUGGACCUUAGAGCAAGACGAAAACGUCAGCUACUUGAAGUCACACACUGGGAAUUAUCUCUCGGCAGAUAAAAAUGGUAACGUCUAUUGCGAUUGUGAUGACAGGGCGAAUAACAAGGACACAGGAUUCUCUAUCGAGAUACAGGAUGAUGGUAAAUGGGCCCUGAAGAAUGUUACACAUGGGAGGUACCUAUCUUGCAACAGUGACGAGCUGAUAUGUAAUCAAUCCAGUGAUUCCAAUCCCGCAGUGCACUGGACAGUGCAGUUAGCUAUCCACCCACAGGUCUGCAUGAAGAACGUCCAGCAGCAGUUAUACGCACAUCUGAAAAUAAGCGAGGAUGGUGAGGACAGAGUAGUCGCCGACGAGAUGGUGCCUUGGGGAGCAGAUUCUACAUUGACCCUUGUCUAUGGAGGGAAAGGAAAGUACUGUCUUGAGGCCUUCAACGGGAAGUUUGUCCAAUCUGAUGGGCAGCUUGUUGAUAGCAUCAACGAAAAGACAGAGUACACCCUCAUCUUCAAUUCCGGUAACUUGCAACUAAGGGAUAACAGUAGGGGCUUCUUAGGAGUGGACAGCGGAACAAAGGUUCUGAGGUCGACCAGCAAGACGACAAAAGCAACUUCCUUUGUCCUUGAGGACAGUUGCCCACAAGGUGCCUUCGUGCUUGGCGAGAAAUAUGCAUCACUCAAACAAGGUAAGCUCAUUUUGAAAUCUUAUGUUAUUAAUAAAAAAUAUCACUGUCUAGACUCAGUCAAGGCUUAUCAAAUUGUUUGCUUUGAAAUCUUCAUUCUUGAUUACCUUCAUCAUUGGAGCCGUUAUCAGACCUGGCUGUAUGUGCGCUAUUGCAUUUGGAAGUCGUUCCCCCAUUUUAAAACCCAUGUGUACUAGUUGCUUCGAUAUUACCAAUUCAACUCGCAAGGAGAUAGUACUUCAGACAUAAUUAUUAUUAUACUGUCUUUAUGAUUGUUGAGCUGUUUGAAACAACAGCAUUUCGAAGUAUAAUCGGGCUGGUCAAAGCGUAUUCAAUGUAGUUGAUUUCGCGGUAGCUGUUAGAUACCACCGAUUUUUAGUAGAUUCCUUGACUUCGAAUCUGAUCAAAUAACACGCUCUUCAUGCCCUCCCGUAGACUGACCUAUAUCGUCUCAGAGUUCAAAGGUCACUUAAGGUCAUGUGUUUUCAUGCCUUACACACGCCUAUCAAAACAUUGUCGACGCUCUGCUCAAAGUAAACUACACUGGCGAAUGCACCCGGUACCUGGUUAAAGUUGGCAUCAAGUUUCACUUCAGAGAGCAUUGAUACCGGGCGAAAAGGUUCUUAGCCUGAUUUCAGAAAACAUUGGUCAAAUGUCAAAACGAAAGGUAUUUCAAGGCUCUGGGAGAUAUUCAACAUAUUUCAAUUUUAGACAUCCUGAUAUGAAUAAUCAUUGUUUGGUCCACGUCAAAUAUUGAAGGCAAAAUUGAUAUCUUAUGCAAUAUGCACACUUUCCAAGCAAAUGCUUCUGUUGACCACCUGAAGCCUUCCUUUUGUUUUCCUGAGGGGUUGUCAUAGCAACAAGAACUUCGAAUGCAGACUGGAUGGAUGAUAGUCCACUCAUCGAUAAAAGAAACAACCCAAAUAUUUAUUUUAUUUGAUACUAAGUCGACUGCAAAGAAAGAAAAAAAAAAGCCUAAUUAGAGCGGGGACCACUGUCAAUCGUUGCAGGACCUGUUGUAAUGCACCUUCAUAAUUCAAGUCUGAACGAGGAUGGAACAAUCAAACUGGUAGUGGUAAUUUGGAUGAAUGCGCCACCAGUGUAAUUGCUUUGGUGACAUUCUUGUAUUGAGAUUGAGAAAGUAAUGAAGAGGUUCAGGUGCAACCACAAAGGAUUACCUCUCUUUCGAUCCAUGGCAAAAUACCCACAACUUUAUCUCUCCAAUGGUUCCUUUUCCUGUUUUCUUCUUUGUUAACGAGGCGUUUAUCCUUUCCAGGGUCGGAAUAGGUUUAUGGCAACGUUUCGCAAUUCAUUUUAUUUUGUCAGUAUUUAGGACAUUGUACGACAUCCGAACCUUCUUUUCAAUCAAAAUUUUAGAAAAUUUACCCUGUUAAGUCUUCGUGAAACAGUAUAAUUUUGUAGGUCACAUCAAAGUGGCUCUACAACAUAAUUAUUGUUCAAUUCAGCGCGUAAGCUGAUAUUUCAAAUGCAACUUCUGUUUCGUGCUGUAUAUAGGGUCGCCUGGGUCGGGCGAUUAAAGCACCAUGGUCGGGCAUCGAGGACUGGGGAGGAUAUGAAAUGGUGGAUAUCCUUGAAAAUCCCAAAAUACAAAAUUUUAAUGAGCGUACCGAUUCUGGAACAUGGACAGUGUCCUUGGAGUCGUUGUGGAGAUCAACAGGAAUCAACCCAUUUCCUGUACCCGGUGUCUCGGCCAGGAUGUAGAUUCAGAUAACGAUCUUUCAAACCACCUCAGACUUUUCCUUUUGUCUGCUCUUUCAUUCCAUGGACCUAUUACAACCAUGUUCAUUCUAACAAAUCCACUGGCCUGGGUAAUGGCACGACACUCCUCUAUUUUUGGUCCGUCAGUUGCCAAGUUUGUUCGUACGUGUUCAAAAGACAAUUUUUGUGGCAUUGCUAGGCACUCCACGGUGUCAGCCCAUACAUUUAACUUCCUUCCACCUGGAUAUUUCAGAGCACAUUCAGUUGCAAAAUUUAUUUUCAAACUGCCAACCAAUACCUUCCUUUUACAAUUUCUCGUUUUUAAUAAGGCAUGUAGGCUUACACGUAGGUUGGUUCACUUAAAGGUAUUUUGAUUUAUUAAUGGCGAAUGAGGACAAAGCUUUAAUCAAGCAAUAUUAAUUUUUCAUAACCGUUGUGUUUCUUUGAAUCAAAUUAACUCGUAUUUGAUGUAAGCAGAGUACACAAAAGAUAAGUUACAUUUAAUUCAAAUUACCACCGAAAUCAUGGAGUGAGAUGAGAUGGAGCAUGUAGCUAUAUAGCUCCAUGGAUGGAGUAUUUAGCUACAUGGAGGAUAUGACGGUAGCUAUGUCGAUUGUGAUGUGUUCUCCACUUGUAUGGAGGCUCAACCUAAGCCAAUUUAUUAUGUAAUGAACUUAAAAGGUAUGCUCGUGUGCCAUUCAUCAAAUUGCGAGAUUUAUUUUUGAAAUUCAAUAAUACGAUAUAUAGGCACGUAAAUGUAUGUAUGAAGCGGAAAUGGCGCGAUAAUGCUCAGAUUACGCAUAAUGUAUUGGCCUAUGCUGUGAACUGUUUUUUGUGUUAUAAAUGUAAAACUAAAAGCGCUGCUCACACGUUCUGGUUACGACAAAAAACAAUUUUAUAUGUAUCUUCCGAAUAUUAACUAACAAAUAUGGAGUGAUUUUUCAACUCUUUCUUUGUAAAAAGAAGUUGUUAAGAACCUUUAAAAGCGUGACUCAAUAACGUGAAAUCCAGAGAUUACCUGGAACACAUUAGUGACUAACCCCGUCGACUUGGAUCAGACCGUGUCUCGUUGGUAGAAGAUCUUGUAGUUUGACGGAAUUUAUAUGAGUAACAUUAUCGGAAAUGAUGAUACAGCAAGGCAUGCUGUCUGAAAAAGUCUUCAUUUAUAAAUUAGCUGGUUAGAAGAGCUUAGACAACCGCAUUCCACACUGAACAUGUUUCCUACACUCGUUAAUGAUAAAGACAGAGCUCCUAUUGACAUUGUUCCUUAUUUAUGUUAUACAGCUUCGAAGCUGGACAUUACAAGAUAAUUAUUUUUGCAAUAUUUGGUGUUUACAGGUUUGUGUAGGUCCUAUAGGUUUAUUUAGUCCUAAGUGUACAUUUAAAAAAGAUCGCUCGCAAUAAUCAGUUGGUUCGCAGAAUUAUGUGACCAAUCAAAAAUAAAUCAAAAUCGUGGAAGAUUCCACCAAUGAUUCGGUAGAUUUUGUCCAUUUAUUUGGUUGGACUAUUUUUAGUUGGAUCCUUGGUUGGACCAUGGACCUACAACAAUCCCGUAAGGAAAUACAAACUCCAGAAUGAGUGUAUGAUUAUCCAGCCAUAUUUCAUAAAGGCCUAUUUAUUCCAUUAUUUUAAGGGAAGGAUUUAAUGGAAACUUCAUAACCUAAAUCCGCUCAGCAGUGUUGUAUGAAGAUCUUCUUUUCUUGGCUUAUCAACGUUGUUGGGGUUUCCUUUUUACGGUGUGACUUCCGCAUUUUAAUCUCUGGUUCCAUCUUGGGACCUAGAUUAUAGGAACAACUCCCCUUUCCUGAACACGAGAUCUUACCCAUCAUGUGAAGAUAAAAAUCAUUAGGUGAAAGUAUUUUCAAUACAACAAUAUAUAGUCUUUUAAUCACUUUUAUCCCUUUGGAAAUUAUUUUCUUAUUGGCCGCAUAGGUGUGAUGUAUGGUUAGUGAAAACUCCUCCAUAUAUAACUCGUCCUUUUUUCAAAAUUUUACUCGGAAUGAUAUUUUCUUUUGUGAGGACCCAUGUAAUAUGUGCCUAUUAUAGCCUAUAGGGGAAAACAUCCAUUCUUGAAUAAUAAAGUACACGACUUGUGGGAGAGUUGUCCCUAACAUAUUAUAGGGACUAUACUCGUCAAAUUCAACUUUCUUAUUCCAUGCCCAUUUCCAAACUUUCUCAUCCUGUGGGCCUUUAUUUUACUAGUCCCUCUCCUGCAUACAGAGAAUGCAAUGUUUGAUUCCCCGUUAAUGGCAUUAUAUAUUUAAGAUGUAGUCAUUUUAGUAAGCACUUGAAGGAAUAAGUUUAUAAAAGAUUGAUGCUUUAUUUUGUGUGAUUAUCCUUGGUAGUUGUUAAUUGACCUGUAAUGUGUAUUAUUUAUUCACAUUCGUCAACUCUCUUCGUAAGGAUUCAUUAUUUGUGAGUUUAAUUAUGAACUCUAUUUUAUUUAUUCAUCGAAUCACUCAUGAUGACCUGUAAGGAGUCUGGGCUGGGUUCGUAUCCUCUUGCUUGUCAAGGCAUUUUAGGGGCAAGUUUCAUUUUCAUUUCAGAUGUGUCUGAAGAGCAUCGAAUGGACACCUCCCCCUACCAAAAAACCCCGCUCUAAUCCUGUUUGUAUAUAGACCUAUAAACGGCUACUUCUUAUUAUUGAUCGAAAUCCAUUCGGAAGUGAGAAUGUAGAACUCCAAUUUUACCAAACACUGAAAUAGGUAAAUUUAGAACCACAUUUUUUUUUCAGCGGUCAGUGGACCAAAUUGCCAAUUCUAUUUUCACAUGACUGCGUUUAGCGAUUGGAUGUCUUUCAAAACUUAAUACUUCGUCUCUUUCCUGCCAACAUCCCAAAGAUUGCCAUAGGAUUGCCUUCUUACAUUCUACCUCUCACAAUAAUUGCAGUUAUCAUGGAGGUUCAUCCAGUAGUGGUUGCUGCCUCAACCUUCAGCGCAAUUUAAUGUCAGGAAAAAAAAUCAGAUGAAGAUAUUUUACGUGUAUGUUAUAUGACAAUGCCUCUAGAACAAGCUGUGCUGUUAGAAAAAUAGCCCCCAUUCUUUUGGUACUGAAUAAAGACCGCAAUCUUCUGUCCCCAGUUUCGUCCAAUUACAAUAAACUUAUGACGCAUUUGGGAAUAAUCAUAAUAAAUUGAUUCAUCGUUAUUCUGCCUUAAGCGUCUGCCUAACACGGGAGGGGCAGGUGUCACAAUUCAUAUACUUUUUAUGAUUUGUUAAAACGUGUUUUAUAGUAGGCCCAUGGUUAAAACAUCACUCCGGAUCUUAGCUCUGGGGCUGAUUGAUUAUUGUAAUCUGAAAAGGAGUUAGAUGACGCAGUUUGCACUAAGCCACUAGAUACC